UAGGCGCCUGCGCCAGCUCCCUCAGGCUGGGCUCGACCUCAAGGAGCACGCGCACUCUGCCGCAUUCGGAUUGGCGGGUCCUCGCUCUCCAGCACACUCUGAUUGGUGGAGCCGCCCAGUCUCCAUGUCAGGGUGUCCGACCUCAGCUCCUACAGCUCUCCACCUGCCUGGAGGUGGCGCACGCCGGCCGCGGGACUCGGCUUCCGCUGGGCGCUCCAGUCCAGGAGCUGGGGCAACUCUUGUCGCUCCUGGUUCCGCUGUUCCCGUCCACGACCUGGGUCGGGCAUGUUUUCCAGGGCCAAGGUGAAGCGGAUCCUGCAGCGGGUUCCCGGGAAGCAGCGAUUUGGCGUUUACAGGUUCCUGCCCUUCUUUUUUGUCCUGGGAGGAACAAUGGAGUGGAUCAUGAUUAAACUGCGCGUGGGCCAGGAGACCUUCUAUGAUGUCUACCGUAGAAAAGCCUCGGAACGGCAGCACCAGAGGCGGCUAGAAGGCGCUUCGGAAAUGGAACUUCAGCCAUCAGUAAAGUGAACGUGAAAUUUUACUACUGGUUUCAAUUCCUUUGAAAAUGUACUUGUUCUCUUGUUCUUACUAGAACUGCCUUUCCAAAGAAUUUUUAUAGUUUUCCUGUCUCUGCUUGAAUACUUCCCAAGUCACUGUUGGAUGGCACUUGCAGAAAAAAAACUAUUUCCUCCUGAAACACUAUUGCCCAUUAAAUCCAUUCCAUGAAAAUA